GGCCAGCGGCCCUCGGAAUGGCCCCGCUCGGCGCCGCCUCUCGCGAGAGCUUCCAGCGCGCAGGCUCAAGCGGCCUCAGCAGCGCCGGCCGUGGGGCGGGGCGCGGGCGGCCGCAGCGGUUUCGCCGGGGCCAUGGAGCCGGGAAUGGAGGAGCUGAUGCCGCGGCUGUUGCCUGUGGAUGACUGUGACUUGUCUGAGGACUUCGACCCCACAGUGCCUCCUAGGACGCCCCAGGAGUAUCUGAAGCGCGUCCAGAUUGAAGCAGCUCGAUGCCCAGAUGUGGUUGUGGCACAAAUAGACCCCAAAAAAUUAAGGAAGAAGCAGACUGUAAAUAUUUCAAUUUCUGGGUGUCAGCCUGCUCCUGAAGGAUAUGCUCCAACACUCAAGUGGCAGCAACAGCAAGUGGCCAAUUUCUCAGCCAUUCGUCAGAGCCUGAACAAGCACAGAAAUCACUGGCGGUCACAACAUUUGGACAGCAAUGUUACUAUGCCAAAAUCAGAGGAUGAAGAAGGCUGGAAGAAGUUUUGCCUGGGUGAAAGAGCAUACUCAGAAAUAGAUGCACUAUCUGAUAAUGAAAAUCUAGGCAUUGAUUACCUAAAGGUGGGCUUUCCGCCUUUGCUAAGUAUUGUAAGCAGAAUGAGUCAGGCAACAGUAACCAGUGUCUUAGAGUACCUCACAAGCUGGUUUGGAGAGAAAAAAUUCACUCCAGAACUGGGUAGGUGGCUUUAUGCACUGUUGGCAUGCCUUGAAAAACCUUUGCUACCUGAGGCUCACUCCCUUAUUCGACAGCUGGCAAGGCGAUGCUCAGAAGUCAGAGUACUAGAGUGUUUCUCUUUCAGGAGAACAAGAAUGAAGAACAGAUAUCAGCUCUGAACUUGAUAAUCUGCUUAGUUAGCAGGUACUUCGAUCAACGUGACUUGGCUGAUGAGCCUUCCUAGACUGUUUUAUUGAGUAUUUUGUGUUGCCAGAGUACAAACAGCAUUAUCAGAGUUAACAGCAAGACACUGCACCAUUCAGACCUGAAGUACUAUACAACCCCUUCUGAACACCCUCAAGAUGAUGCAUUUGGGACAGUGAUGAGUAACUUAAGCUGCGCUUUAGCAUGAGAUUGUCAGCGUCUCUGAUAUCACCACCACCAUCAUCGUAAAAUGGUCAAUGAAGUGUCUGGCAUCAUCUCACAAGCUACUGUCUCUGUAGACUACAUUUUUGGUUUUUUCUACCAUCUGAGUGAUCCUGUGGACACUGCAAUUAGGUGAAGUCUGAGGUUACAUUACAAAUGAUAGUUCUUUAACAUACACCUAUUGAGGGCUUUUUUUAAAUAAAACCAAAACAUUUUAAAGAGUCUUCUUAAAUACUGUGGCUUUUCUCAUUUUCAUAGUAUUUAACAGCAACCUUGUGUGGAAGCAUACACAACUAGGACUGAAUGUGCUUUUUCAACUUUUGGUCCUGAGCUUAAGCACUGCUAAGUCAUUCAAUGAUAACCAGUAAGUUAUUAAAACUAUUAUUUUAGUAAUUUAGCCAGGAGAAGAGAAGGCUCCAGGGAGACCUUACAGCAGCCUUUCAGUAUCUAAAGGGAAGCUACAGGAAAGCUGGAGAGGGACUUUUUACAAGGGUAUGCAGUGAUCAGACAAGGGGUAAUGGCUUCAGACUAAAAGAGGGUAGAUUUAGAUUAGAUAUAAGGAAGAAAUUAUUCACCAUGAGGGUGGUGAGGCACUGGGACAGGCUGCCUAGAGAAGCUGUGGAUGCCCCAUCCCUGGAAGUGUUAAAAUGUUAAAGCUAGAUGAGGCUUUGAUAAACCUCAUCUAGUGGAAAGUGUCCCUGCCCAUGGCAAGGGGGCAUGGAACUAGAUGAUCUUUAAGGUCCCUUCCAACCCAAACUAUUCUAUGAAAACUAUCAUUACUACUUCCUAAGUAGUAAUACCAUUUUUAGUAAGCAGUUGCAUAAACCAGUGAAAAUUACACAGCUGUAUUCAAUGCUUUCAAUAGAAACAUUAAUUAAACAGAAUGAACAAAUGUAUUGUCUGUAUGGUAUCUCAACAAAUACAUUAGCUUCCCUAUUCAUAUAUUUACUGUGGAGUGUUCUGCCAAGAAUAUCAGCUUCUGGUACAUAUAUGAUUCACUCCGGUUUUAAUUAUCUUCAAAACUUAAAAAUCCACAUUAAAGGAAGUGCGAAUUCUGCCGAUAGCAGCAAAUCUAUACCAUUAACUGAUGUCUACUUUCUGUAUAUUGUAGAAUGUAAGUCCCUCACUAUUAAAAGAACAAAAAAUAUCA